AACGCAGCUGAAUGGAGCUUAAAGGGCCACAGAUGAAAGAACACGAACAUUUCUGAAGGUGUAAGAUGUGUCUGACAGUGACCUCCUUACCUUAAUAACAAAGAAGAGGUUUUUCUACAGGCGCUUAGGAUAUCUUUACUCCAACUUUUUAAUAUACUAACUGGAAUGGUGUUUUGACAACAAUUCUCCAUACUAAAGUACUUACCCUACUACAGACAGUAUUAUUUUCUCUACUGAUAAUGCACCUCAAUGGAGGAGAGUAAUGCUGGGAUAAGCAUGCGUGCAGAUCGCUCCUUCCACGUGCGGUACAGGAUGGAGGCUUCCUGCCUGGAGCUGGCUUUGGAAGGGGAGCGCCUGUGCAAGGCCGGAGACUGCCGAGCUGGCGUGUCGUUCUUCGAAGCAGCUGUGCAGGUUGGGACUGAAGAUUUACGCACCCUGAGUGCUAUUUACAGCCAGUUAGGCAAUGCCUAUUUCUACCUGCAUGAAUAUGCAAAGGCCUUGGAAUACCAUCACCAUGAUUUAACUCUAGCAAGGACAAUUGGAGAUCUACUGGGAGAAGCUAAAGCUAGUGGGAAUCUGGGCAACACUUUAAAGGUACUUGGGAAUUUUGAAGAAGCUAUUGUUUGCUGCCAGAGACAUCUGGAUAUUUCCAGAGAGCUUAAUGACAAGGUUGGGGAAGCAAGAGCACUCUACAAUCUGGGAAAUGUGUAUCACUCUAAAGGGAAAAAUGUAGCUAGUGCUGGGACUCAUGAUCCAGGGGAACUUCCAGAUGAUGUGAAAAAUGCUUUACAAAAAGCUGCAAAUUAUUAUGAGGAAAACCUGACAAUAGUAACUGAGCUGGGUGACAGAGCAGCACAAGGACGUGCCUUUGGGAAUCUGGGAAACACACACUAUCUUCUGGGCAACUUCAGGAGUGCAGUCUUAGCCCAUGAACAGCGUCUCCUAAUUGCAAAAGAAUUUGGUGAUAGAUCAGCAGAAAGAAGAGCAUACAGCAACCUUGGAAAUGCCCACAUCUUCCUGGGUGAAUUUGAAACAGCUUCUGAAUACUACAAGAGGACCUUACAGCUGGCUCGGCAGCUGAAGGACAGAGCCGUGGAAGCUCAGGCCUGCUACAGCCUUGGGAACACAUACACUUUGCUCCAAGACUACGAGAAAGCAAUUGAUUAUCAUUUGAAACAUCUUGUGAUUGCUCAGGAAUUAAAUGAUAAAAUCGGUGAAGGAAGAGCCUGCUGGAGCUUAGGGAAUGCAUAUACUGCUCUGGGAAAUCAUGACCAGGCUAUCCAUUUUGCAGAAAGGCACCUGGAGAUUUCAAGAGAGGUAGGAGACAGAAGUGGAGAACUCACUGCCAGACUUAAUCUCUCAGAUCUUCAAAUGGUUCUUGGAUUAAGCUACAGCACAAACAACUCCAUGAUGUCCGAAAGCCACAUGGUGGAAAACAGUUUCAAUGGUACCAGACCGAGAGGACGUCGCCACAGUAUGGAGAACAUGGAACUCAUGAAAUUAACACCAGAAAAGGUUCAGAACUGGAACAGUGAAAUUCUUGCUAAACAGAAACCCCUGGUUGCCAAACCUUCAGCAAAACUUCAUUUUGUAAAUCGACUAAAAGGCAAAAAGUACAAAAACAGCACCACUUCCAAAGUUUUGCAGGAUACCAGUAAUUCUAUUGAUCAUCGACUUCCAAACUCUCAGAGGAAAAGCAGUCGAGAGACAGUGGCAGAUGAAGGGUUCUUUGAUCUGCUGAGUCGAUUCCAGAGUAACAGAAUGGAUGAUCAGAGGUGCUACUUCCAGGAGAAGAACAGACUCUCAUCUGCUUCAGUGGCAACAUCCUCUACUCCACCUAAAACAAUGAGAAAAUCCUUUUCCACUUCUGUAGUGUCCCCACACACGGAUGAAUUCCUAGACCUCCUUGCCAGCUCCCAGAGCCGCCGGCUGGACGACCAGCGCGCCAGCGUCAGCGACCUGCCCGGCCUGCGCCUCACCCAGCACAGCAGCCACUCUGUCCUGGGCCACCUCAUGGCCACCAGCAACAGGGAACUCGAUGAUGACUUCUUUGAUAUAUUGGUAAAAUGUCAGGGUUCCAGACUGGAUGAUCAAAGAUGUGCUCCUCCAGCAUCUGCAAAAGGCCCCACUGUACCAGAUGAGGAUUUUUUCAGCCUGAUUUUACGAUCACAAGCUAAGAGAAUGGAUGAGCAGAGAGUCCACUUACCCUCAGCGAUAAAGGGAUCGAAUUCCAGCUGA